UUUCUGUACAUAUCUCUGAUGCUACAGCUAAAGCAGGAAGUCUAUCGCAGGCCGGUUUCGGUUCGCUGCAGCCACGUCAGUGCUGUUUACUCCUCACUUAGAGGGGGUCUCAUAGCUUGCGCACGUGCCACUGGUUAACCCUACCUAGAAACUCCCUUGUAAACGACCAGUCGAUCAGUUUUAACCAGUACGGUACCAAGCAGCCAAAACUUUUCAAGGUUGGCUACAAUCGAUAAGAGGUUUACCUUGAGUUCAUAUACCCUCGAAAGGGAAAGGUGAUCCGUGUUGUAUACCUUGGGAUUAACAUUUGUAGUUUGAUUUUAUGAGCAACGGCAGGGAAUUUCGGGCAGAAUAUCAGUUUAUGCGCAGGUUCGAAAAGUAGCCAUGGCGACUACGGGAAGGAAAGAGAAUGUUGUGAACUUAAUUAUACUGAACGAAUUAUAACCGGCCUCAAAUGAACACAGAUUAAUUAAUUUGCGAGGAGUUCGUCGUUGGAUGUCGACAGUUGACUGUUCCGCGUUGGGAUAUAACAGUUUUAUUUUAACUUUAUGUGGGUGUUGUUGUAAAAGUUUGAAUCGAUACCAGCCGUUUUCGAGAAGGUUUCAGCUGUGACAUAAAAUCACGAUGCACUGCCGAAUGUUAUGUAACGUGGGACUGUUUUUCACGUGUUGGACAUGGACUAUAAGUAUGAUAUCCUCACUCCACAAGCACGAGGAAAUGCCGGCCAAGCGGCUACAUUACGACUUGUUUCAGAAACGAAAAUACGAGAAACUCAUUCGACCAUCUGGAAAAGAGAAAGCUGCCCUUAUUGUCCGACUGAGCAUGCGCAUAGCCCAGCUGUUGUCAAUAGAUGAGAAGAACCAAAUCAUGACGACCAGCGUCUGGCUCCGGCAUGAGUGGUACGAUAGCCGGCUGACGUGGGAUCCAGAAGAGUACAGUGGCGUCCGUCUUCUCAAAUUGCCGUCAGAGGAUCUCUGGAGACCAGACAUUGUUUUGUACAACAACGCUGAUGGUGAUUUUGCCAUAACUUUGCUCACGAAAGCUACGGUGCACUAUGACGGCAGGCUUGUUUGGGAACCGCCAGCCAUCAUCAAGAGUUACUGCCCAAUCGACGUGGAAUUCUUCCCUUUUGAUCUACAAGAGUGCUUUAUGAAGUUCGGGACGUGGUCAUAUGACGGGCGACAAGUCAACCUUCACCAUAACUGCACCUGGAACCAAACGGAACCCCAGUACAACGAAACCAUCGUGAUUGCGAGGGGAAUAAGUCUGGAUGGAUUUUACCCUAACGUCGAGUGGGACGUUAUCAAUGUCACAGCCAGGCGUAAGGUAAAAAAAUACUUGUGCUGCGAAGAACUCUAUCCGGAUAUUACGUUUAACGUCACUUUGCGUCGGCGGACGUUGUUCUACAGCGUCAACCUCAUCGUUCCAUGUAUGGCGAUAUCCUGCCUUUGUGUUUUAGUGUUUUACCUUCCGUCCGACAGUUGUGAGAAAAUCACGCUGUCUAUAUCCAUCUUACUGGCGCUCACUGUGUUCUUUCUGUUGUUAUCAGACCUGAUUCCACCAACGUCGUUGGUUGUACCGUUAAUAGGGAAAUACCUUCUCUUCACAAGCGUUGUGGUGACGUUGUCGAUUUUGUUGACGGUAUUUGUGUUAAGUAUUCACAAUCGAGCUCCGUCUACUCACACCAUGUCGCCCUGGGUGAAACGGGUGUUUACGGAAAUUCUUCCCAAAAUUCUGUUGAUGCGCCGACCGGAUAUGAAACGUCAGUCAACCGUCAUCGAACGUGGCGCGUGUAACGGUACGGACCUUCGGGAACCUUCGCCGAUACCGGAAAUACGCAAUGCAACUCUUAGUCGGCAUCGUAAGUCCGACUCAGAUGAGGAGAGGGACGAUGACGGGACUUACACAAAACUUAGACAGGUUCAACGCUAUCCACCAGAAGUGGAUGAAGCUUUAAAAGGGGUUGUUUUUAUCUUCGAUAGGAUGAAAAAAGAUGACGAGGAGGAAGAGGAAAAACGGGACUGGAAGUACGUUGCUAUGGUGAUGGAUAGGUUAUUUUUAUACAUAUUCACGCUUGCCUGUUUCCUUGGAGCCACGUGCAUAUUUUUAACAGCACCGUCUUUAUAUGACGCCCGUGAACCGAUGCUAGGAGAUGACCUCUCUCAGAUAUGCUACACCACCAUUCUGCAGUUUCCCAGACGUGAAGGAGAAGUUAGGAGAAAACCAGAUCUCCUAUCUGUCAGCGUCCGUUCCGUUGCCUGAUGCUGAAUUUGAGUUAUGGUUUUGGGAGCAACCCAAUUCCCAUCUGGAACACGUCGAAGUAUUGGGUGAGCGGCUAAUUCCGACACCUUGGGCAGCCAGUAAGAGCUAUACUUCCGUGUGUAGUGCCAAUAUUGCUUCGCUAACAAGCCAGCUGGUUAGUUUCCAUCUGCAAACGCCCUCUCAACAACACCUGGAGGGAUAAGGCCUACUAGGUGGGGCUAUGUUAACUUAAGCUGCCAACCAGUAUCGAGUACAAAUCUACAUCUGUGGACAUGUGGCGAAUGCUCAUUUGGACAUAUAUAAGUUCAACUUCCCGGAAUGUAACACCUUACCUUCAUAAAUAGAAUAAAGAUAAUCUUUAUCAUUGCUAAUUUCAGUUGUUGUAAGGAAUCCUCUGAAUUACAAAAAUACCUUCACUCCCACUAAGUUUUGGCGUCAUCAUUGUGUAAUCAACAUACAAAGCAAAUAAGCAAUCAUCUUUAGUUGUCGCGGGGACCCAC